ACCUAACAUUGAGAUCAUGGGCUUCACAUCCGGCUUCCUCGGCGGCCUAACCCUAACAACAACCCUCCUCUACCUAACCACAACCCUCCACUCCCGCAACCGCGCACAACAAGCCCUCCUCCUGCGGCAACAACAACUGAUCCUCGACAACAUCCACUCUCCCGCACCGGAGAAUCCCUCACCACCAGCGCGAGAAGUACGAGUGGGACUCAUGGAGACCGCGAAAGACAAAUGGAACAAGGAACUAGAAGAGAAUGUGAAGCGGUUGCAGAAGCAGGAUUGGGCGGGCAUUCGGGAUCAGAUGGAGGAGGGUGUGGCGAAUUUGUGGAGGAGGGCGUUUCAGAAGGGGACGGAGGCUGUGGAGGAGGUGGGGAAGUAGACGGGAGGCCGAGAAGAGGCCUGGAGGGAGGAGCAGUGGAACAGGAUGGCUAUGGUGGAGCAAGAUGAACGUGACGAGGCAUGGUGCAGGUGAAGGAAGGAGAUGGAUAGGAUAUGAAGCGCGGAUACCCGGUGUACAGCUUUGGAAGCGGAAUACAGAUACAG